AUGUCCACCACUGCCAACGCCGUCGCGAUUGUUGUAGCAACCACCUCGGUUGUAGUUAUUCUUGCGACCGAUGAGCCGGCCCCCGCCACUGCCUCCAACUAUUGCACCAAUAUAGUGUCUCCGCCUCCGGAAUUUUUGGAUGGACCGUCUGUACGAAAGCCGCAAGUCCUGGAGUUGACGUACUCGGAUUACUUCCAGAGGUUGGAGCGAGAUCCGACGAACCUGAUCAAGAACAUCUACCUGGAAUACCGAAGAAGUCACCGUUGGAACAUCUGUGUCUUUCUCGAAGGAGGACGAAGUGAUCGGGAACUAUCCGUUCAGGCGCUUUACUUCCCAGCCGAAAAACGUCGACUUCCCUUCCCGAAUCAACAACCAAUGGCCAACACCUCCAAGCCUGUCCUGAUGAUGGCCGGCAACGAGACCACCCUGUUCUCUACAACGCUGUCGCGCUCCAAAAUGAAGGCCGCGAUGUUGCUGCCCAACGAAACGUCCAUCCGUAACCUACUCAGCAUGGGGCCUUCGGACGUGACCGGUGGCGUACCGUAAGAAUCGGUUCAGCUUGGACGCGGAAGUUUGCCUACCAUGAGCAGAUGCGUUGAAUACAAAAAACGGAAGCAACUGUUUUAAUAUUAAAAUAUUGAAAUAAAAUCCAUCACAUUUUUCGAAAAUCAUCACAGUAAUGUUAAAUGUUAUUUAUUCAUGCCAUAAAAAGUUUCUUCUUAAAUUAAAAGCAAAAAACUUUUACCGAUACAACGAUUUUGUUCCAGAAAUGCAAGGUAGUAUCAACAACUUUCCAACUUUUAAAUUAAAAAGUUUGAACUUUCUACGAAUAUUCACCAACGCGAACUUUUAAUCCAACGAACGAUCUUUUUAAAUUUAGAGUUUUUUUUCUUUGUUUGCAUGUUCUGCAUGUUUUUUUGUUCUACCAAUGUGUCAACCCUUUACCACAGAGAACAAAUGUACAUAAUUGAACAAACAUCAUUGAAAAACGUGUGUAAAAAUUCAAACCAAAAUACGUUGAAAGGAGCUGGGCUGUGUAGCAUCCGCCACUUCCAAAAUCAUGAUGGUCUACUUUUACAGAACGCUAAACCAUCCAAUCACUGCACAAAACAUUCUCAUGAACGACAUCUGACCAAUGACUGACUAUCAAUGGGUUGCAAUUCUAUGCGCUAUUGUGUUUCAUAUGUUAAUAGGACCUUUUUGAAAAAUAAUAAUCUAGAUUUAUUUCCUUUCGAAAUUUUGAGCUACCGUCCCUAUUUAGACUGUAGUCCCGAUUCACCCCAGAUGACGGUAUUCUAUAUUUUUAAGUCAAGUAUUUUCAGCCGCGAUGGUGGCGCCGCCAAGUGUACCCUGCACACUCUAGUUUCUUUGAUGCAAGAUUGUAUGCAACGCAUUUUAUAGUGCAACAUUGAUUACACACAAGUCAAAAAAACAAAGAAGAAAACGAAGUUGUCUACUGUCAGAUUAUGAAUAAUAAAUAAAGUGCACAGACGUUUCAUAAUUUCUGUUCUUGUUUCACUUGCCGGUGUCAGUGCUUAGCCGAAUGGUUACGUUGUCCGCUUUGUAAGCGGAUGUAACGAUUCUGCGUUGCACACGAAACGUUCAACAGCUUAAGCGCCACUUCCAAACGGAAGGCUGUUGUCGCAGUUGGAGGUCCGGCUAGAAACUCUCUCUUCGGGCAGGCUAAAAUGGAGUGGCACCAACCAAAAUGUUCAUCAAACUAACCCAAAAGACCGAAAACUAAGAUUUUGUACUAUUGAAAAUUGUGAAAGAAAACCAAGAUUUGAGCCGAUAUUUGUGUAUUUAUUUGUAGAACUGAAUUAUUGCGAUAUUUGAGUAUGAUUUACCAACUGACUUCGACCCAAAGUCACUAAGGACCGACUAAAUUUGUAUGUAUUUGUAUUAAAAGAAAAGAAUAAAGUUUAAAUAUUAUCUCUCAGAUUAAAUGAAAAAAAAACUGAGGCCAGAAACUUUUGUAGUUUUGAUUAUAUUUUUUUAUUUGGAGGAAAAGCCAAGCUAAAAAACCUCCAUCUUUUGCGUGGACAAUUCAAAUUCAGUCCAGGUGUGAUCUUAAUCCUUUUUCCCUACACCUUCUGACCGCUAAACGUCCCUAUUUCCCUAUCCGGUUCCUAACCGUCCCUAUG